AUGGAGAACGGCUCAAGAUCAAAAAGAGACGAAGAGUUUGACUGGUUGUUCAUCAGUCAAAACCCUACAAAUUCCUUUCAGCCGUCACCCGCCACCGUGAACGGCGGAUCCGGAUCAUCCGCUAUGGGCUCUACUUCUUCCAUGCGGCCUGUAAACCACAACGAUGGGUUUCUUGUUGAUCACGGCGUUCUCUCUUUCCAAAACAAACAACAACAACAACAACAACAACAUCAACAGCUGCCGGCGGCGAUGGGAGUCAAUCCAGUCCGUUCGAUUUUGAACCAUCGUGAUCGGUAUCCGCCGUUGUUGCCCGAUUUUAUUGAGUACAAUCCCUACGAAUACGAUCACUCCUGCAACAGUUGCGAUCAGUUGUACUGCGCCGGUGAUAUCAUUCCCGGAUUUCCAAGCUAUGGCUACCGAUCACCGCUUAGUGGUUUCCCGGAAACCCAAUACGACCGGAAUCUUGAAAUCGAUUUCAGCCGAUUUAAUAUAUCGUCACCAAACCACCACCAGAUACCUCCGUACUUGCCUUCUCCUUCAACCCUUCCGGCCUCUGAUAUCAGAAACAACUCUUUCGUCUAUACGCAACUGCGAGCUCCAGUAACCCGGAACAACACCGGCUGCAACGAUAUCUGCUGUAAUCCCCACCGGAGAGAUCAGAAUCAUAGCUUGGUGGUUGAAAACACUAAUCGCUCUAGAGAUUGGAUUAGCGCUUACGAGUUACAAAACCCUAAUAACAACAACCCUUUUUCCCGGCAACAAGAAAGUCGGCGACCUAGGUUUCCGGCGAGUUUGAAGGAUAUGAGAGGGUUGAUAUAUUUGGUGGCUAAAGAUCAAGAAGGGUGUCAGUUCUUGCAGAAUAAAUGUGAAGAAGGAAAGUCCGAAGAAGUUGAGAUGAUUUUUAAUGAAAUUAAAGAUCAUAUUCGUGAAUUAAUGGUGGAUGCUUCCAUGAAUUAUCUUGCUCAGAAGCUUUUCAAAGCGAUCAACGAGAGACAAUUGACUCACAUUGUUGUUACUCUUAUCAGUGAUAAUGGAAAUCUCACUUCUAUCUGCCUCAAUUCUCAUGGGACUCGAGCUAUGCAGAAACUGAUUGAACUUCUUACCACUUCAGAACAGCGAUCUUUAAUUGUUUCAGCACUUAAAAGGAUCACUGUCACUUUGUCCAAGAACACCAAUGGUCAUCAUGUCAUUCAAAAUUGCUUGAAAUUGUUCCAUGUUAAUGAAUGUCAGCCAAUUCUGGAUGUGGUAGCUGAUAACUGUAUCGACAUUGCUACCGAUAAAAGUGGAUGUUGCGUGUUACAACAAUGUGUAUCACUUGCGGUUGGAGUAACUAAAGACCGUCUCAUUUCUCCAAUUAUAGAGAAUUCACUUCAUCUAUCCGAACAUCCUUAUGGGAAUUAUGUAGUGCAACAUAUACUAGGCAUGCAAAUACCAGAAGCAACCGGUGAAAUUUUAAGGAGGCUUUCUGGUAACUUUGUGUCAUUGGGAAUGAACAAGUUCGCGAGUAAUGUAGUUGAGAAGUUUUUGAAGGAUGCUUCUGAUGAUGUGGUGAUUGCUAUUAAUAGGGAGUUUAUAAACAGUCAUAACUUUUUGUCGUUGAUUACACAUCCAUUUGGGAACUAUGUUGCACAAUCGGCUUUACACACUGCCAAGGAUGGCAUUUUGGAGACGAUGAUUAAUAAAAUUCAGAAAGAGUAUGCGUCUUUACACAGUCACCCACAUGGAAAGAGGGUUCUUGCAUUGGCAAGAAGCAGUAGGCCGAAAGUGCCAGUUAGUCGUAGAAGAGGUGGUGGUGACAGAGGUGGCGGUGGUAUAAGUAAUGGAGGUGACAAUGAAACAUAUAAACAUAAAAUGCUGUUGAUUUUGAUUUCCAAGUUCGAGAAGGAAUACGAUUUUCAGAAGAAGGAAUACGAUUUUCAGAAGAAGAACAGCAUACCUGAAUCAUCGGCAGGAGGCGGGUGGACUUUCGGUGGUGGCGGCGGCGGCGUUCCAGGGAGAGGCGUCGAUGGGUAA